CCUGAACAAGACCAAACUGUGUGCUAGGUUUGUCAUGUUUUUCUUCUGUGUCUUGACGAACCUAAAUACCAUUCCUUACAGUUUCAAACACUUGUUCUUCAUCUUCUUCUUCUCUUUUAUACCUUUCUUUCUCUGUGGAUCUACACCGACUAAGGUUGUGGAUGGGGCCCUGCCAGAAAAGUGGUCUCCCGAUGAAGUGCAGGCACUAUUUUGAAGUAGUUUUUCUCAACAUUAUUUGUUGGUGAUUGUAUAAUAUGAUUAAUUGCAAUACUGGAGAGGCUACUGAAGCCUAAAGGGAUGUAAUAUAGACUAAAAGGCUUGAUUGCUCUAAUAAAAAUAUCAUAUGUUUGCAUCACGAGUAAUGACAUGACAUGAUUUUCUGGAUUCCAUCCCUUGCUGACUUGAUUGCUGCAGAUGCUAGCCGUAUUCUAAAAAUGGAAAACAAUCAAAGUGCUGCAGGAACACAAGAUAGUUCUAUGAUGAAGUCUGUUGAUCAAAGAGCACGAUCAAAAGGGCGCAAUGACAUAAUGACUCAACGUCUGAAGAAUCGAGAGAGACAACGAAGAUAUAGGGCACGUAAGCGUCUAGAAGCCGAAACAAAGAAGUCAUUUGUUGUGGAAGAGACACCAGCUGUGCAAGUUGAACUACAACCAAACAGGAACCCCAACAACAACUUCGUGACCCGUAUCUAUUGUAAACGAGAUUGGAAAAAGGACGCAAGACGGGCCCAUAUUUUAAAGCAUCAACAAAUGAAUGGAUUCAUUGAUCGUCCAGCCAUAACUAGUGUACCUGAGGUGACAUGCUUAGCCAUUGGAAACAAGUCAGAAACAGUGCCAGAGAGGGAAAUUCAGUCUGGAUCUUCUGGUGUUGCUAGUACUGAUGCUCCUAGAGUGGUGCUGGGUCGAAGAGAUUGGAAAGCAGAAGCUAGAAGAAAGAAAAACUAGUUGACUCGCCAUUUCUUCUUUUAAAAAAAGUAUUUAGCACAGUGAGCUUUCUGUUGUAUUAUAGAACAUUAUAUAAUGUAAAGAAUGCUGGAUAACCGCUGUUCCAUUACCUGGCAGGCUUUGAAAUUAUAAACACCGAAGAAAAUCUGUCUCUUUUACUAAGUUACUCAUUCA